AUUAAAAGGGAGAUGAUAUUAUGGAUUAAAAGGGAGAUGAUCUUCUGGAUGAUAUUGCUGAUGCCCUUGAUGGAGAGCACAAGCUUAACCUAACAGCUGAUCAAAAUGAUGAUGAAGGAUGAGGCAAUAAAUAAGGAAGCCGUAAAUUUUCUAAAUUCUUUAAAGGGGGGAGAAGGCUAAAAUGUAAGAAACCGAUUAAUUGGCUCAAACAGUUUCAAGGGAUGAGUGGGAAAUAUUCCUAGAAGGAAUCAAUCUCGACCACAACUACGGAAUAAUAAAAGGCAUUUUAAGACACCUUCGAAAAACUCGAAUAAGCUCCAUAAUUUGAUGAAUUAGCUGAUAAAAUGUUAUUGUAAUUUAUGGAUAAAGAAGUUUUGGAGCAACCGAUGAAAGAAACUUAUGAAGCUUAUAGCAAAUUUAUUUAAGAAAAUAAAAAUAAAUUGAGUGAAGAAGAAUUAUUGAAAUACAAGAAAUAAAAAGACUGUGUGGAGAAAAUAAUUGAUCAAUUAAAUAAUAAUCCUAACGACAAGGAAAAAUUAAUUUAAUUAUUUGAAAACAUGUAGGCUGAAGGAGAUCCUCCUUAAGAAGUAUUUGGAGGAAAUGAAAAUCCGUUAAACUUUUUGAAUGCACCAACUGAUGGAGCCUAAGGUGAACCAUGCAGUAUAUUUUGAAUACCAUACAGAUAUUAUUAAUAAAAAAUUUAAUACGAUUUUAUCCUAUUGUA